AAGCAGUCCAGAUAAUAUCCUGGAAUUUUUGGCUCCUCCCGCUGCAUUGGUUAUAAAGUACAUAGGAGAAACAGAUUUCAGUCAGUCGUGUCCUGGUGUUACAUACAUUCAGCGCUCAUUUCUGUGACUGUGGCUAUAAUGGAAGUGUUUCUUCAGCAGAUUUCCAGCACAGGUGUAAUACUUGCUGUUGUGUUGUUGUUUUUGCUUAUGUAUUUAUUUUCCAUCAGCUCCAGCUCUCAGAAUGAAGAAAAAGAGCCUCCAGGUCCCAAACCAUUACCACUGCUGGGAAACCUGCUCAUGCUGGACCUGAAGCAAACCCACGUGAGUCUUAACAAGCUGUCAAAACAAUAUGGGUCAGUUUUCAAGGUGUACUUUGGCCCCAAAAAGGUCAUAGUAUUGGCAGGAUACAAGGCUGUCAAACAGGCACUCGUGAACCUUUCAGAGGAGUUUGGAGACAGAGAUAUCACCCCUAUAUUUCAUGAUUUUAAUCAGGGAAUGGGGAUUGUGUUUUCCAAUGGUGACAACUGGAAAGAAAUGAGACGCUUUGCCCUCUCAAACCUACGAGACUUUGGAAUGGGAAAGAGAAAAAUUGAGGAGAAAAUCAUUGAGGAAUCUCAGUUUUUAAAAGAAAAAAUUGAGACGUUUAAAGGAAAAGCAUUUGAUUCAUCACAGCCCAUGGGUUUUGCUGUAUCAAAUAUCAUCUUUUCCAUUGUCUACGGCAACAGAUUCGAUUACAGCGACUCUCGCUUACAUGAAAUGCUGAAUAGCGCUUAUGAAAACAUGAAAAUAACAGGUUCAGCUUCAAUUCAGCUUUAUAACUUGUACCCUUGGCUUCGACCUUUUGUGAAGAAUCAGCAGCGUAUCAUAAACAACCUCCAGGGGAACUACAAAAAAAGUGACAAAAUAUUACACGACCUCAAGAAGACUUUAAACCCUCAGGAACCCAGAGGAUUUGCUGAGUCUUUCCUUAUACGGCAACAACAGGGCAAGGACUCUGGAGAAACUGGGAGUUUUUUCCAUAUGAAGAAUCUGUUUUAUACAAUAAACAACCUGUUUGCUGCUGGUACCGACACUACGGCUACAACACUACGCUGGAGUCUUCUGCUAAUAACUAAAUAUCCUGAAAUACAAGCCAAGGUCCAGGAGGAGAUUGACAGUGUGAUCGGUGGACGACAGCCUGUGGUGGACGACAGGAAGAAUUUGCAUUACACAGAUGCUGUGAUCCAUGAAGUACAGAGAUUUGCCAGCAUAUUUCCCAUAAGUGUCCCCCGCAAGACCACCUGUGACGUUCAUCUUAAUGGAUACUUCAUCAAGAAGGGCACCACUGUGUACCCAUUUUUGACAUCUGUGUUGAAAGAUGAAAGCGAGUGGGAGACGCCCCACACUUUCAAUCCAGGACACUUUCUGAAUGAGGAGGGACACUUUAUCAAACGAGACGCUUUCUUACCCUUCUCUGCAGGCCGCCGAGUUUGUCUAGGGGAGGGUUUGGCCAGGAUGGAGCUCUUUCUCUUCUUCACUUCUCUCCUUCAGUAUUUUCGUUUCACUCCUCCUCCUGGAGUCUCUGAAGAUGAAUUGGAUCUCACUCCAGUUGUGGGCUUCACACUGAAUCCAUCACCACACAAACUGUGUGCCGUCAAACGGUUUUGAUUUCUGUGUUCUGAAAAUUGACUCAAAGGGGGUGGAGCUGAAUACUGCCAUACAAUAAGAGAUCUUGAACUUGGAGGAGGGGGCAAAACAUUCAGGGCUAUAUGUGUAUUUUGUAUAUGUAUAUUAAAAAUAUCACCUUUCUGAUUAUUGGGGAGGAGAUGUCCCCCUCAGUGUCUAUUGUGGUUAUGGCCCUGCUAUACAAAGUAAAUCAUUAUACAAAUAUUCGAAUGUUCUUAUGAUCAUUAUUGUUCUGCAAUACCAUUUAAGCAAUGCAAUAAAUAUGUUUGUCUUGUAAUUUUUGUAUGUCUGUGAUAAUCUUAACUAAAGUUUGCCAAUUUGAAAUAUUCAUAUGUAAAUUAAUCAGACAUUAUGGAAGUUUUGGAGUGAAGAAAUACAUGUUCUUUUUCCACCAAAAUGAUGUCACUUCCUGAAAAAUGAUGUCAUCAGGGAACUUAAGCUGUUACAGUUUCACAAUUUAAAAAUGAGCCAAUGCUUCUAUCAAAACUACACUACUAUUGUACCUACUAUUGUCAAAACACAUCAUGUUUGCUUAUUUUGAUUGAUUCAUAAUCAAAAUAAAAAAUAAUAAGAUGCAA